GACAUGUAACGGGUACUUGACGAUGUACCAUCUCUAGCUGCCAUAGUUAGUCAAAACAUUAAAGUCGCAUUUUUACCUGGUUGAAAAAUGUUGAUUUAAGUACUUAAAACACAGCGGAGCAACGUGUUAAGAACGGAAAGAGAGAACCGAAACCAGCGAGAGAUCAUCCCCAGACCAGACCCACCUGCAGUUCCACAACCACUCGCUCGAAACGCCUGAACCCCAGAAGGUAAUCCCCCCGAGAAAUGGAUCGCAAGGCUGAGCUGGAACGCAAGAAGGCCAAGUUGGCCGCUCUGCGCGAGGAGAAGGAUCGCCGUCGACGCGAGAAGGAGAUCAAGGAUAUGGAGGAGGCAGCCGGUCGCAUUGGUGGCGGUGCAGGCAUCGAUAAGGAUCAACGCAAGGAUCUCGAUGAAAUGCUGUCAUCCCUGGGCGUGGCUCCCGUUUCCGAGGUCCUGUCGUCACUCUCUUCGGUGAAUUCGAUGACCUCCGACAACUCCAAUACACAGACUCCCGAUGCCAGCCUCCAAGCCACCGUAAAUGGCCAAAGCGGCGGAAAGAAACAGCCCUUGAACCUGAGCGUCUACAAUGUGCAGUCGACGAGCAUUCCGCCAAAGGAGACGCUGGUCUACACGAAACAAACCCAGACGACGAGCACUGGCGGCGGCAACGGCGAUGUUCUUUCUUGCCACUCCUCGCCUCUGUCAGGAUAUAUGGAGGACUGGUGGCGUCCACGUAAAGCUCAUGCUACGGAUUAUUAUGAUGAAUACAAUCUUAAUCCGGGUUUAGAGUGGGAGGAUGAAUUCACAGUGCUUGCAUUUGAUGCCCAAGGAGACGACGAAGAGAGCUCACUGCAGAAUCUGGACAACGGGUUCACCUCGAAGCUGCCGCCAGGAUAUCUCACCCACGGCCUGCCCACCGUCAAGGAUGUCGCCCCGGCCAUCACGCCCCUCGAGAUCAAGAAAGAGACCGAAGUGAAGAAAGAGGUCAACGAACUGUCGGAGGAGCAGAAGCAGAUGAUCAUCCUGUCGGAGGACUUCCAGCGGUUCGUGGUGCGCGCCGGCCGCGUCAUCGAGCGUGCGCUCUCCGAGAACGUGGACAUCUACACGGACUACAUUGGUGGCGGCGACAGCGAGGAGGCGAACGACGAGCGAUCCCACGCCCGACUCUCGCUCAAUCGGGUGUUCUACGACGAGCGCUGGUCGAAGAACCGCUGCAUCACCAGCAUGGACUGGUCCACCUACUUCCCGGAACUCGUGGUGGCCUCCUAUCACAACAAUGAGGACAGUCCAAACGAACCGGAUGGCGUGGUGAUGGUGUGGAACACCAAGUUCAAGAAGACCACGCCCGAGGACGUCUUCCACUGUCAGAGCGCCGUGAUGUCCACGUGCUUUGCCAAAUUCAAUCCGAAUCUGAUCCUCGGCGGCACCUAUUCGGGCCAAAUUGUGCUGUGGGACAAUCGCGUCCAGAAGCGCACGCCCAUCCAGCGCACACCGCUCAGCGCUGCGGCGCACACGCAUCCCGUCUACUGCCUCCAGAUGGUGGGCACCCAGAAUGCGCACAACGUUAUCUCGAUUUCGUCGGACGGAAAGCUGUGCUCGUGGUCGCUGGACAUGCUGUCGCAGCCGCAGGACACGCUGGAGCUGCAGCAGCGCCAGUCGAAGGCCAUUGCCAUUACCUCGAUGGCCUUCCCGGCCAACGAGAUCAACAGCUUGGUGAUGGGCAGCGAAGAUGGCUACGUCUACUCAGCAUCGCGUCACGGCCUUCGCUCCGGCGUAAAUGAGGUCUACGAAAGGCAUUUGGGACCCAUCACCGGCAUAUCCACGCACUACAACCAACUGUCGCCGGACUUUGGCCACCUCUUCCUCACCUCGUCGAUCGACUGGACCAUCAAACUGUGGUCGCUCAAGGACACAAAGCCACUUUACUCGUUUGAGGACAACUCUGACUACGUGAUGGAUGUCGCCUGGUCGCCGGUGCAUCCGGCGCUCUUUGCCGCCGUCGAUGGCAGCGGUCGGCUGGACCUGUGGAACCUCAACCAGGACACGGAGGUGCCAACGGCCUCGAUCGUUGUGGCAGGAGCACCGGCUUUGAAUCGCGUCUCCUGGACGCCAUCGGGAUUGCACGUUUGCAUCGGCGAUGAGGCGGGCAAGCUGUAUGUUUACGACGUGGCCGAGAAUCUGGCGCAGCCAUCCCGGGACGAGUGGUCGCGGUUCAAUUCGCAUCUGAACGAGAUCAAGAUGAACCAGAGCGACGAGGUCUAGGACGUUAGUAGAGUUAGCCGGUAGUUGAUAGUCGAUAGUCGAUACCAAUCCUGCGAUUCUUCAAAAAGGGAUCCCAGACGGAGCGUCCUUGAAUGAAAUUUAAUUUGUAUUUUUGUAUCUUUUGUGAUCCCGCUGCUCCUUAGUUUGUGUAUAGCCCAGAGACCAAAACUCAUCCGCAGUCCAAAUGCUCAGAAUUUCGCUUGACCACAUUCUCUCUCUCUCUCUCGUGAAUUAUCUCCAACUGCAACAUUCUCUGUAUUAGAAAGUUUCUUCAAUGAAACUCGACAGAAUAUAGAUAUAUAUAUAUACAAUAUAUUCGAAGGGCAGUGGAAGAAGAACUAGAAGUUGGUCUCCCCGCAUGUUUAAUUGGUACAUAUAUUUAUUGCUUUGUUACUAGAUAUUGGUUUCAUUCCAUUGCAAUUUCCCCAGAUCCAUUUUCACUGUCAAUUGAUUGGUAUUGUAAAUGGAUUUGCAAGGGGAAAGUCUUCUAUUUUAUUUUCAAAUUUGUGAAACUAAAAAGAAUGAAAGAAAAAAGGUUUACUCGACUGUCUGGCAGGCUGAGAGCAACACAUAAAUAAAUUAAACGCUACAUAUUAUAUACAUACACCGUAUUAAGCAUAAACCUGAGAAGAAGAAAGACAGAGACUAAAAAAAGAAAGUCGGACGGACAGGAGAAAGGGGCUCAGGAAUGAGGAUGCGAGAAACUGAAACUGAAGAUGAAGCUAAAUCCACUCAACUGAAAGAGCCCAAAUGUAAAUGUAUUAAAGCGAAGCCUAUUUAACGAGAUUAAAUAAACAUAAUAUCUAUAUACAAA